CAAACUCGUUCUGCUAACUCAACUUCAUUGGAGAAUUUCUCAACAAAAAAAAAAAAAACUUCAUUGGAGAAUCAAAAUCAGCCAUCAGAAAUUAUCUUUCUGUAACAGUAACAGAGAGAGUGAAAAGAAAGGCAAACAUGGCGGACGUGAUGGUGAUGAAAGACAUAGAGACGACGGCGUCUUUUCUCGGAAUUGAUUUCUUCCCACUCGACCUCAAUUCCAUUCACCUCCCUCCUGGCCAAGACUUCGGCAUCCCAAGCGAUGAUGAAGAAGGAGAUAAGAAUCUGAAUAAGGAUUUGGAGUUGUACAGUAAUGGGUUUGGCAAUAUUAUUAUUGUUGACAAUCUCCCUGAAGUAGAUGCGAAAACGAAGAAAGAAAAGCUUGAACAUGUUAUUCAUAGAAUCUACAGUCAGAUUGGUGUCAUCAAGGAGAAUGGCCUUUGCAUGCCUGUUGAUCCUCAGACACAAUCUACCUUAGGCUAUUGCUUUAUUGAGUUCAAUACCCCUGAGGAAGCUGAGCUUGCAAAGGAGAGAACUAAUGGGUACAAGUUGGACAAGCGUCACAUUUUUGCGGUCAACAUGUUCGAUGAUUUUGAUAUCUUCAUGAAAGUUCCAGAUCAGUGGGCCCCUCCUGAAUUUAAGCCAUAUACUCCGGGGGAAAAUCUUCAACAAUGGCUGACUGAUGAAAAAGCUCGUGAUCAGUUUGUGAUUCGUGCUGGUUCAGAUACGGAGGUUUUGUGGAAUGAUGCAAUGCAGCUGAAGGCUGAGCCUGUUUAUGAGCGUGCUUUCUGGACUGAAAGUUUUGUGCGGUGGUCCCCACUGGGGACUUACUUGGCGACACUUCAUAGGCAAGGUGCCGCUGUUUGGGGAGGUGCCAGUACCUUUAAUCGUCUUAUGCGUUAUGCUCAUCCUCAGGUUAAACUGAUUGAUUUUUCCCCUGGCGAGAAAUAUUUAGUAACCUAUAGCAGUCACGAACCAAGUAAUCCUUGUGGUGCAAAUAUGGUUCUGAUAAAUAUUUUUGAUGUGAGAACUGGAAAAGUGAUGAGAGGCUUCAAGGGAAGUGCUGAUGACUUUGGUAUUGGAGCAACUGGCGGUGUUAAAGGGGUGUCAUGGCCUGUUUUCAGAUGGGCAGGGGAUAAAGAGGACAAAUAUUUUGCUAGAAUUGGGAAAAACAUUAUCUCUGUCUAUGAAACAGAAACCUUUUCACUUAUUGACAAGAAAUCCUUGAAGGUUGAAAAUGUUGUGGAUUUCAGUUGGUCACCUACUGAUCCAAUUUUUGCUCUCUUUGUUCCUGAACUGGGUGACCAUCCUGCUAGGGUGAGUCUUAUGCAAAUCCCAAGUAAGGAUGAGUUAAGGCAGAAGAAUCUUUUCAGUGUUAGUGAAUGCAAAAUGUACUGGCAAAGCAAUGGGGAUUAUCUUGCUGUUAAGGUUGAUCGAUAUACAAAAACGAAAAAAAGCACAUGCACAGGUUUUGAGCUUUUUCGUAUAAGAGAACGGGAUAUUCCCAUUGAGGUUUUUGAGCUUGAGAAUAAGAAUGAUAAGAUUAUUGCCUUCGCAUGGGAGCCAAAAGGUCACAGGUUUGCAAUUAUCCAUGGUGAUAACCCAAGACCCGAUAUAAGUUUCUACUCAAUGCGCUCUGUAAACAAUACAGACAAGGUCAAAAAGCUCACUACUCUGAAAGGGAAGCAGGCAAAUACUCUUUUCUGGUCACCUGCUGGUCGCUUCAUUAUACUUGCAGGAUUAAAGGGUUUCAAUGGACAGUUGGAGUUUUAUGAUGUUGAUGAGCUUGAAACCAUGGCAACAGCUGAGCAUUUUAUGGCAACAGAUAUUGAAUGGGAUCCUACUGGAAGGUAUGUUGGAACUGCAGUGACUUCGGUACAUGAGAUGGAAAAUGGUUUCAACAUCUGGUCCUUCAAUGGCAGGCUACUUUAUAGGAUCUUGAAGGAUCAUUUCUUUCAGUUAUUGUGGCGCCCAAGACCACCGUCAGUAUUGAGUCCUGAGAAAGAAGAAGAGAUUGCUAAGAACUUAAAGAAGUACAGUAUGAAGUACAAGGUAGAGGACCAGGAUGUUUCAAUGCUAUUGAGUGAGCAAGAUCGUGAUAAGCGGAGGAUGUUGAAGGAUGAAUGGGACAAAUGGGUCAAUGAGUGGAAGCAUUUGCAUGAAGUAGAAAAACUGGAGAGGCUGGAACUCAGGGAUGGAGAAGCCAGCGAUGAAGAGGAGUGUGAAGCAAAAGAAGUUGAAGUUGAGGAGAUAUUGGAUGUUUCCGAGGAGGUCCUUUCGUUUGAGGAGUAAUAUUAGUGAUUAUUUUUGUAGGGCUUUAUUAGAACCCUCAAUUUACAGCACAAUUCAUGCUCUUUCAGCUUAAUGAAAUUGGAUUUGGUUUGAAAAAGUGUAGAAUUUGGGA